GAUAGAUGUUAGAUUUUUAAGGUUAUUUGAAGUUGACUGUGUAAAUUAAAACUGGAAAUUCUGAUAAUACCACUAGGAAUAAAGGACCAGCUACAUAAUUAACUGAUAUAACAGAAAAAAUUCAAAGGAAACAAAUGGCAGACGAAGAUUCAGUAAACGGUAGCAAUGAUGAAGUGCCAGAGAAAGGUCAACAAAAAAAGGUGGUCAAAUAUGAUAGUGGGGCCGCAGACCUAGAGAGAGUCACUGAUUAUGCUGAAGAGAAGGAAAUCUCCACCCAAGAUGUGGCUGGAGCAAUAUCGGCAAUUGGAGACAGGCGUAACAAAGAUGCCUUGGAAAAACAAGAACGAGAGAAGGAGUUGAUGAAAGUCUCUAUAAAAAAAGAGGAUGUUGAUUUGAUAGUUCGAGAAAUGGAAAUAACUAGAAUUCUUGCCGAACGUACCCUCAGGGAACACCAUGGCAAUGUUGUGAAAGCCCUCAUAGCAUUGACUAAUUGAAAGUUUCAUUAUAAAUCAAAUUCCCUAGUUGUAUAAAUUUUCAAAGACAUAUAAAAUUAUGUGAAUCUGAACAUUGGUAUCAAAAUAAAAUGAAGUUACCCAAACCAAAUUUGUGACUUGUGUAAACUUUGAAUUUGCUUUAAAAUUUUAGAAAUAUGGGCUGACUUCAAUGUCAUGGUUUCAACUCCAAAUUUUUUGAAUAGCACCUGGAAGAAAAUACAUUGGUAGGUAUGAUUAGAGCUCCUAAAUGUACUUGACAGUGCUGUUUUGAUGUUUUUUUGUAUAUUAGGUAUGAUGAAAAUAUAGCUAGAAAUAAAGUGAUAUUUGGUUUGAUAAGUGGAUAUAUUUAUGUAUCUGAAGAUUUGAACAAAUAUGAAAUGUGAAUAUUAAAAUACAAUCUACAAAUAUUCUCGAUCCAUUGGUGUCUUCUUUGCUUUUUUGUCUCUUGAUCUAGGAAACCAUCUAUGUUUAGUAGUAUGUGUCAAAUUCAUGAGUUCCUGCCUGGCCUGUUCUGGAGUUUUCUUAUUGAAAAUAUUCAGUAAUUCUGGAGUAACUGUAGUUUUCAAUAAGCUGCUCUCAGCUUCAAUUUGGUCAAUUUCAGGAAGAGGCUUGGUGCAUUCAUAAGGAAAGUCUUCCUUUGGAUGAUAUGCUAGUAUUGUGCUUCCUUGAUCAACAACAACUAUUUUAUGAUCUUUUGAGAUAUUUCGUAUUGCCGCCAAUCUCAUGGAACUGAAGUGAGAUGAUAACAAUUUGAGAUACAUUUCUAACAGCAGAUUAAUUAGAUCAAUGAUAGUUUUUGAAGAAAAGAAUCAGGAAACCAGGUCCAACAAAAAUCUAUUAAAAUUUCCAAACCAAGCAGUCCAAGCACAAGCACUUCUCCAAAUCACAACAUAACCUUAAUGUCCUUUCUACUAUGACACUGGCCUAAAAAAGUAGAAGACAAAAUGAAGAAGAAUAUAAAAUAGGAAAAGAAGAAAAUGAGAGAAAUGAGAAAUGUAAACUCAGCAAACUUCGGGUUGGACGCCAUUUUCUCAUUUUCUUGAUAUCUUGUAUGUGAACUCGUCUUCUGUGAAGUUUUUCAAGAUCUAGGUUCGAGAGAUAGAAACAACUAAUUCAGGUCACAUCAUACUUCCUACAGUCCUACAGAUGAAUCCUGCCUCCAGAAUAUGGGAUAUCCCUCCUCCGCCAGGUACGGAGGAAUUCGAACUUGAGCUGUCCAAAAAAAAGGAUUCUGCUGAGAAGCCAGAGGAGAAGAUUGAGGAGAAAUCUUCACUUCGUGCAAUUGAUCGUAUUGAUCCAUACUUGAAAAACCCUGAUUAUAUUGAUUAUGAAAAGAGACAUCCUAAAAAAAAUCGAUCCCGAUCAAGAAGUAAAUCGAAAGAUCGGCACCGCAGGAGGAGGUAUUCUCGCAGUAGGUCAAGGUCAAGACACCGGCGAUCUAGAUCCAAGUCCAGACGUCGUAGAAGACGAUACAGUUCUUCUCGCAGCAGGUCACGCUCUCCAGGUCAUCGGCGUAGCAAACAUAAGCGAAGCAGAAGGAGACACUCCUCUUCUUCCAGACAUUCUCGAUCGAGGUCACGAAGCACUUCUAGGUCACGGCACAGACGCCAUAGGACUAAAAGUCCCAAGGAAAAGUCUUCAUCUACUGCUAGAAAAUCAGCUUCUGAGGAGAGACCAUUACCAGAUGCAGACAUUAAUGAGGUAGACAUGAAGAUAGAGGAGGAAGAAGAAGAAGAUGAUACCAAGGACAAUGUCUUCAAAAAUGAUGGAUCUUUCUUAGAAAUGUUCAAAAAGAUACAGGAGCAGCAGCAGCAAAAAGUAAAAGAGGAACCUGUUACCAACCCUAAUGAAAUUAAGAAACCAAUAUUGCCUGCAUUUGGUAAAAGGAGAGGAGGAAAAGUGUUGAAAACUGGAAUGGUUCAAAAAAUAAGACAGCCAAGUGAAGAAGAAAAUAAUGCACAAGAUGCAUGGUCAAUUUAUAUGAAAGAAGUGAGGAGGUAUAAGGAAGCCCAUUGUGAUGAUGAUUCGAAAACUAGACCACUUGUUAAAUGAACAUCAUGCCAGCUGCCAUCAAAGCCGAAGACAUCAAGACGGCCCCCUUCGACCCCCGCUUCCCCAACACCAACCAAACGCGUUACUGCUACCAGAGCUACGUCGACUACCACCGUUGCCAGAAAGUGAGGGGCGCCGAUUACGCCCCUUGCGAGUACUUCUCCAAGGUGUUCCAUUCCGUGUGCCCCAAUGGGUGGGUCGAGAAGUGGGACGGCCAGAGAGAAGAAGGAACAUUCCCUGGAAACAUUUAAAUUAUUAUAAUAUUCCUUAGUUUGAUAGUUGCGAAUGUGGACUGUAUUUGUAUAAAUACUUUCCUAUGAUAGCGUUAUAAUGUACUAAUAAAAAAAAACGGUUAUAAAAUGAGUUAUGAUGAUUCAUAUUUAGUAAGGUAGUGUCCCUAAGCACCUAUGGAGAAAGCAGAUA